AUGGAUGGGGAUAAUGAGCAUGCUACUAUCGGCCCCUUCAUCAUCCGCGUCAAGGGCGAACCUAUAACCCAGCCCGAGGAAAAUGCUGAGUCCUGGACCCAAGCAAAGGUUGGCUCCAACCAGGCCGUUUUCACGUGGGUUGGCGGUAGCCGCUUGGAAUCUGAUGGAUGGGUUCUGGGGCGACAUAUUACUGAAGACAAAAGUCUUCUGCCUAAACCCGUCUAUUGGGUUAAGAAGGAAGAUACGGCCUCUGGAUACCUAGUUCAACCCACUUCCGUUUAUCUUGAUGGAGACUCUUACAAGCUGCGCGUGGGAGGCACAGCUUUGGAGCAACGUGACGGGAAAGUUUAUGCAUGGCUAAUUAAUGGCGUUGACGAAGCGGAGAUAAUAAUGCAGUGA